AUGACUGACUGGAACAAGCUGAAGGUCGUAGACCUCAAGGCCGAGCUCAAGAAGCGCGGCCUCCCCCAGACUGGUCUCAAGCCAGCUCUCGUCGCCCGAUUGACGGCUGCAGAAACCGAGGAUGGCUCAGAAAGUGAGGCGACCGUUCAGGGUGACGUCGCAAAGCAAGAUGCCAACUCUGCGACCUCUCCUGACACCAUCUCCCCUAUACAACCGUCCUCCGACCAGAAGAUAGACAUACCAUCCGAUGCGCCACGCCGAAGUCCUUCAGAACCCAAAACCGAGCCUGCUGCGGCCAAGGCUCCGUCUCCUAUUCCCCAAGACCUUCCUGCUGGCGAGGCGCAGACAGAGGAUCUUCCAGCGCCAUCCCCAAGCGUCACUGAGUCUUCGGCGCAAACAAAUGGUCUUCCUCUGGCCCGCCCAGAGGAGCCUCUCGAAGAUGGAAACAAGCGCAAGCGGCGGUCUCAAAGCCCUCCUCCUACCGAUACCGAUCUUCCACGGAAACGAGUGCGCCAGGUCGAGGCGCAGGAAAGCACAGGUAUAUCUACGUCAAGUAGAGGAGCUGUAGAAGCUGAGGCGCAAAAUGCAGCGAAUGAUAGGGAAUCGGAAGCGGGUGCUGGGGAGGUAGCUUCAUCUACUGAUGUUGCCGAACGCGCCCCUGAGGUCAACGAUGUUGCGAUGGAGGAUGCACCCAUCGAAUCUUCUCCCAGGCGAGAAUCUAGAGCCGGCCAGGUUUCUGGGGAUCAUAUGGUGGUUGACGAGAAACCGAAAGACGCAUAUGUCAUUCUGCACGAGGAAUCUCCUUCACGACCACGAAAUUCGAAAUAUAAAGAUUUAUUCUCUACGCAAAAUCCGUCGCCGCCUUUGGAAAAGCCAACACCACGAGACUCUGCCCCGGAUGCAGUAGAGACCGAACCGGAUCAUGUCAUCUCGCCAGCAAUACACCCAGCAACGGCCGCUCUAUACAUUCGCGAUUUCAUGCGACCCCUUAACCCUGGUCAGCUCAAAAACCAUCUUGCAACUCUUGCAGCACCUCCCGGUAGAGAUCCAGACCCCGACGUAAUCGUCAACUUUUAUCUCGACCCAAUUCGUACCCACGCAUUUAUCCACUUUACGAGUGUAUCUGCUGCUUCCCGUGUACGGUCCGUUAUCCACGAUCGUAUCUGGCCUGAUGAGCGCACUCGAAAACCACUCUGGGCUGACUUUAUUCCUGUCGACAAGGUAGAGGAAUGGAUCCAAACGGAAAAUGAAAUUCCUGGAGGACGUGCGAUGGCCAAAAAGUGGGAAGUCUACUAUGAUGUGGGUGAAGAUCGCAAUGUAACCACAGUGCUCCAGGAAGCAGGCGCCGCCCCUCAUGGAGAGCCUACCAGAAAAGCUUCAAAUGCACUUCAACCGCCUCCAACGCCUACCCAACCCCGAGGCGUUGAAGGCGCUCCAUCUGGCCCACGAGCAGCACAGAUUCGAGGACAAAGAACGGCAACCAACCUUUCGAGACUUGACCAGCUGUUCAACUGCACCACAGCAAAGCCCGCAUUGUACUGGAAGCCUGUCGAUAAAGCCCUUGCCGACAAACGACUUGAUAACAUUGACCACGCCACGUCCAAGGAAUAUGUUAGCAAUAGAACGGGUGGUGACAUCAAUCGAUACACUUUCGAGGAUGGUGAAGUCGUGGUUGAUCGUGGUCCAGAGAUCUUCCCUGGUAUUAGGCCCCCAAUGCGUGAUGGCCCUCGGGGCGGCGGUCCUCGUGGUGGUAGAGGAUACCAGGGCCGAGGUGGUUAUGGUCGAGGAUCGGAGAGAUAUGAUAGCUACAGGAACGAUAUGAGAGAUUCGAGAGAUAAUCGGCGGUAUUAA